UUUUUUUUCUUUUUUUUUCUUUUUUUUUUAAUUUUUCACUUUCCUGAAACGAUUUUACACGCGGACGUGGAAUUGGAACGUCGGAAUCGAUGAGAGUCAAAGGUGAGAAUGGGGAAGGAUGUGAUCAAGAUCGAUGGAUCUCGACGGACAGAUUAUUUUGACGAUUUCAAAGUGUGCAUUGAUGUGGAUUGAAGAAGAAGAAUGAUAUUAAUUAGGGGAAAUUUAUCGUUUUUUAAGGAUUUAUACGAAUCGAGGUGGUGUUUGAGUGAAGUUGUUUUUGGUCGUUUGAACUUUGGUUGAAAGAAUUUUUUCUUUUUUUUUUUUUUUUUUUUACUUGUUUUAAAAGUGAAAUUUUGGAAAGUUUUUCUUUCCUUAGGAUGAUUCCUUUCUAUCUACCUUUAAUUUUUCUUUCUUAAUUUCAUUCUAUUUAUGAUCUUUAUAAUUUUCAGGCAAACGUCUCUGUAUUGUACUAUUUCCCGUUGUAUUUCAAUAACAAAAAACAAAUGUCUAGUAUUAUUGUUAUUAUUUAUCGUUAAUUUCAAUUGCAACGCAGUGAUCUUUCAUUGUCGAUGAUGUACGUGCAUUAAAGACAAUUAUUGCUGAUCUAAAAAUAUUCAAUUUUGCAAAUUUAUUUCCUGCAUCGAGAUUACACGUAUAAUUCUAAUACUAUAUAAUCCAAUUUCAUCUUCUGAUAAUUUUCCUUUUACAUUUAUCCCGACAAAACGAUUAUUGUUGUUCAAAUAUUAUAUCGAAUUUUAGGACAGUCGUGAAUUUUUAUUUUCAAAGAUAUUUCUCCUUAUCGAAAUGUCAGAUUAAACAGGGACGAGAAAGGGAAAAUAAAAAUAUAAUUCUAUUUACGUACUUAAGUAAAUUUGUCACACACUACCUAUCGAGAAAUCUUUUCGAAUAACGUGUGAAAAUUCGAGAUAAUACGAUUUUCUGUGUAACAUUGUCUGCCAGGAUUACGAUAGUUUCUUGUUUACAAAGGUACGUGACGACGGUACACGGUAUUAGUCAUUAUUGAAAACAUUUAUAUUUUAUGUUUUCAUUAUGAUUCAAGUAUUGUAGAUCUAUCGUAGAAGAUAUCAUGUCUUAAAUAUACGUGUAAUAAUAAAAUUUUAAAUCUAAAAUUCAAUCGAAAAUAAAAUAAAGAUGCCAGGAUACGUGUUUUAAUCCUUAACUGCAGAUCGAAUGAAGAAUAAAUUUUUCCACUUUAAAUAUUCCACUUUAAAUUAAUGAGAAAAAGAAUUCUUGAAAACUUUGCUCUUCGAAAAAUAGAAUCGUGAAUCGUAUAUUUUCCAUGAAUUAAUAAAAAAAAGUUCAAAUAAUCAAACAAUAAAAAUAAAAUAAAAUUUCUCACCACUUAUAUAUAAAUCAAAUACAAUAAAUUAUUUCCUCGCAAAUCACUCUCAUUAAUUGAAAAUAUUUAAUUCCUCGUCAUUUAAUAUUAUCUUUCAACAUUGUAUCAAAAAUAUUUAAAGUCCCUCGUUCACGGAUCUUGAGAAACAAGAAUCACAUCACUUUCAAAUCACUCGAUCCCCACAAGCACAAGAAUCGAACAAAUCACUUCGUUCUCAAAACGAGAAAUCAAAAUUCCAUGAAAUUUCGCUCGAUCCAUCCAUCAUCCACGAAUCUCGAUAAGAAUCGAACAGGAGCCACCCGAAACCCGAAGUUUCCCUCCAAAAUUUUCACUCCAACGAUCGAGAACGACGCGUGGUACCUCGUCCACGCUCGGCCAUGCUCGCAGGGAAGAAACGAAAAAGUCGUAGAAAGUCGCGCAACAUGUCUGCCGAUAAUGGGAAUUAGAAUCGCGGUAGGUCGUAUCGUUCGACCUAUGACCCCUCCGUGUCACGUCCUCUCUCCCUCCUGUAGCAAUGAUUCCUUGUUGAAAAGUAGCCGGUUCCUCGCCUCGUUGUCGCACAACCGUUUCGAGAGCACGCCAAGCCGCUUUGGCGUUGUUGUCGCUGUCGAACACGCGCACCAUUUAUCGUAAUCCGUAAAGGGUGGCGAAGGGUGGGUGCUGAGAUCGGUGGCGAGAAGAGGUCUGGCCCCGAUGGUGGGCCGAGACGAGUUUAGGAGGAUAUUGGCUCAGUGGGUUUAGUCGAGAGAAGGAAGCUGGUCGAGAAGAGGACGAAGAUGAUGGCCCAAUUCACCAAGAGGCAAUGGCUCACGUUGAUCGUCAUCAGCAUCGCCGAUUUCGCGAACGCGAUCUGCGUUUCGCUCCAGGCGCCGUUUUAUCCGCAGGAGGCUGAGAAGAAAGGAGCAUCGCCAUCCGAGUACGGAUUAGUCUUUGGGAUUUUCGAGUUCAUCGUGUUCAUCAUCAGCCCUCUGUACGGACAAUACUUGCACCGAAUCGGGCCGAAGCUGUUGUUCAACGGCGGUAUCCUGACAACAGGGACCUGCGCCAUCUUCUUCGGUCUGUUGGACAAAGUGAACGGCCAUUAUCCGUUCAUAAUCCUUUCGUUCGUGAUUAGAAUCGUGGAGGCUAUGGGGAACGCGGCGUUCCUCACCGCAAGUUUCGCCAUUAUCGCCAAAGAAUUCCCCGAUAACGUCGCCACCACUUUCGCCAGCCUGGAGACAUUUUUCGGCCUGGGCCUGAUCGUUGGCCCAACUGUCGGCGGUAUUCUUUAUCAGGUUGGAGGAUACACGACACCCUUCGUUGUCCUGGGAUCAGCUUUAUUCACGACCGCAGUUAUGACCAUCUUCAUCCUGCCAGUUCAUUCUAACAAUAAUCAAACUAAUCCCAAUACAGUGGGCGUGAAGAAAGCUUUGAGAAUUCCAGGCGUAUUGAUCGCUACGUCCUCCAUAAUAGCGACCAGUAUGAGCAUAGGAUUUUUGCAAGCAACCCUGGAACCUCAUUUAAGACAAUUUGACCUGAGCCCUAUCGUUCUAGGCUUAAUGUUCGUGAUCAACGGCGGCACUUACGCCAUUACCGCCCCCGCCUGGGGAUGGCUCUGCGACAAGCAUUCGCAUCCGAAAGUAGCCACCGUAGCCGGAUGUAUCCUCGUGGUAAUAGGAUUUAUCUUAGUCGGACCAGCACCUUUUAUACCAUGCCCAACUCUACUCUGGAUGACGAUCUGCGGUUUGGUUGUUCACGGUUUAGGUAUGGCUGCACAACUGGUUGCCAGUUUCACGGAUGCUUUGAGGACGUCUAUACAAUACGGAUUCCCAAAUAAUUUGGAGACCUACGGUCUGAUCAGUGGAUUGUGGACAAGCACGUUUGCGCUCGGAGCCUUCAUCGGGCCCAGUGUGGCAGGAAUUUUAUUGGACAAUAUUGGAUUCAGAAAUGCUACGAUGUUCAUCGUACUGCUUCACAUGCUGGUGGGCGCAAUGGCAGCUGUGUUCCUGAGCACGUGCACCCUGAGACACAAGCCUUACACAGAGAUCAACGCCGCGACGGAGGACCCCAGGACACCUUUGACGGACAGUUGCCAAUCGCGAAGCGGAAGCUAUCGCCACCCCUCGCCCAGGGGGGGCCAGGGCGUGCCGAUCAUGGACAGGCCGAGCGGGAUGAAUUCCUUGAUCGUUUGCAACAGUUACUCGAACAGGGCCGGGGCAUGGUCCAGGGCGUCGUACAGCGGCCGUUACUCGCACAGCUACGGCUCCAUCGAGACGAAGAGGUAUCUGGAGAUGACCACGUGACGGGUGUCGUUGUAAAAAAAAGAAGAAAAAAAGAAAAAAAAAAGAAGGAUUGCAACAUCUCGGAUAGGGUCGUGCCCCGCCAGUAUUGUCGCCUGAUUUUUACGUUCUCGGGUGGAGAGUGGAUUUGUUCGGGGGGAGAGUUCUCUAUUGACCUGUCGUUGUGAUAAAUAUAUAUAUAUAUAUGUAUAUAUGUAUAUAUAUAUAUAUAUGUAUGUAUAUAUACAGUCGAUUCUCGAAGGAAAAAGGAAAAUAUUGAAAAUAUUGAGGUUUGUUAUACGAAGUUAGUAAAAAUUGUUUCGAGUGUGAAUGAUCGAACGAACGAAUGUUGUUGGAGACACCUCACAGAGGAGGUGUGAAUUUUAACGAUAAUCUUUAUAACUCGAUGAAUAAAAAGCCUCGAUUGACAUUAAUGUUUCGUCAUUUGGUAAUUUAGAUUCGUUCGUUUAGAAUUGACUGAGAAGAUGUAGCGAGAUAGGGAUAUAUUAGCAUCCUGUGCGCACGAGUGAGAGAGGUGGAGAGGCAGGUUAGGGGAAUUCAUUUCGAGUAUCUAUUUUGAAUGUUUGAUAAGAGGAUUUACGCGCAUUUAUGGGAAUAUAUUUGAUCCAAGUUGGUUUUGGAAUUUAGAGUUUAGGUUGAACUUUAAACAAUUCAUUGAAUGGAAAUUGUAAUGGUAACGUCUAUUUGAAAUUGUAUUUAUAUUCACUUUGCAUAUCUCGUCGAAGAGAUAGUUACAAAACGUAUGGAUAAUAGGUUGAUAGUGUGUGUACAUACAAAAGUGAAUUAUGUAAUAUUUCGUCAAGGUAAUAAUAAAAAAUGAGAGAGGUGUUUCGCAAGUUUAUCGUUCGAAUAAAAUUUAAUAAAAUCGAUGGAUGAAAAGAUGGAGAGUGGAAUAAUAAGCAAAUGUUUAAUAAGAAUAUAUUUAGUGUCGAGUUAGUGGAAGAAAUAUAGGUGUUUAAAUUAAUCAAAUUAGGAUUUCUUUUUUUUUAAUAGUGUAAUCCUGUUAAUUAUUUAUUAAUAAAAAUUUAAUAAUUAUCUCAUAUCGAUGAUUUUAAAAAUUUUGAAUACGAAUCGUGAACCAUUUUAAUAAUUAUCGAUUCUUAUUUAAAAUAUUCUUAUUUAUUUAACAGAUAUUAUCUAAUAAACAAAUUGAACAAAAUGAAAUUAGUAGAAACUUAGUAGAAAUUUUCUACUAUUCUUACAUAAGUGAAGUAAAUCUUAUCAAUCGACUUCACUUCGAUUUUUAAUUAAUAAUGAAAGAAAGAAAGAAAGAAAGAAAACGUUUUUUCGAAACGAAAGAGUCGGGAACAGUUCUUAUUUGAUUCUCGUGAAAAACGAAACAAAAGGUGCAAAUUUCUUCUAGGAUCGAAUCUGAGUAAAUUGUCAAAGAUAAAUCGAGGAAUUUAUGAUGUUUCAAACAGUAUUCUCAGGAUACAGAUGCAAGAUCGUUGCACUUCAAUCGAUUAAAAACUAUCAUUUUUAACGAAGGAAGAAUCGUUGGUUCGAUCAAUGAAACAAUUGAGAGAUUGAAAAAUAAUUGGAAGGAACUAUAAGAAGGAUAAUUCCUUACCAAUUUUUUAUUUAUUUUUUUUUUUUUCGUAAGAAAAACUUUCUAUUAUAAAAUUUGUAAUUUUUUCUCGAUUUACAUUUUUGUUCAGAUAAAAAAAAAAAAAUUACUCAUCAUUAUAUCAUUGAUGAUUAUAUUAUCCUGAUCAAAUCAUCAAAUCGUGAUUAAAUUUAAGAGAAAAAGAUCCUUAAAUUAUGAAUUUUUCAAUUUAUUAUUAUUAUUAUUAUUAUUAUUAUUAUAAUUAUCGUUCAACGAUGGAUUGUUAUUAGCAAUUAAAAAAUGAGGCACGACCCUGAAAUAGAGAUCUCAUGUACAAAAAAGCGCAUUUUUUUUUUGUAAAUAAACUCGUCCCCGUCUAAUUAUCGUCUCAGACAAAUCAUCCAAAGAAAAUAUCUGUACAUAUUACGCUCGCGCAUGAUUUUAAUCCCGUCAUCGUCAAUGAAUCUCGUCGAUGACAUCUUUUCGAUCAUGUUGUGGAUGUUGUAUAAUUAAUUAAUAAUUUUCAACGAGUUCUUUAAUAAAAGAAAAAAAUUUUUA